UUUGAGACACUUUUUAAGGCUUUGGUUUCUACGAUCUUGACAGUGGCAUUUAUUGUUGGUAUCCUAUUGACAGUUACCGGCAAGGUGUCGCCAUGGACUGGUCGUUUCUAUUCUCUAUUGGAUCCCUCAUAUGCCAAAAAUCACAUUCCCAUUAUUGCCUCGGUUUCGGAACAUCAACCCACCUCAUGGUCUUCAUUCUAUUUUGAUCUACAGAUUCUGGUAUUCCUCUUCCCGGCUGGGUUAUACUUUUGCUUUGUCAAACUAACCGAUGCCAAUAUCUUCAUUAUACUCUACGGUGUCACUAGUAUUUAUUUUGCUGGUGUUAUGGUACGUUUAAUGUUGGUCUUGGCCCCGGUUAUGUGUGUCCUCUCCGGCAUUGCUGUAUCACAUUUAUUGGCAAAAUAUAUACAAUCGAUAGAGGUGGCAUCGGCCGCAGAGAAGAAGCCAGUUGAAAGUAAACGUCAAUAUAAAAAGAUGGAACAACAAAGUGGUGGCAUUAAAAAGGAAGUGGCCAUCACGUUUGUGGGCAUUGUAACAAUGAUGUUAAUUGUCUACACAUUCCAUUGUACCUGGGUGACUUCGGAAGCAUAUUCAUCGCCCAGCAUUGUUUUGAGUGCCCGUUCACAUGAUGGCGGUCGUAUCAUUUUUGAUGAUUUUCGUGAGGCCUACUAUUGGCUGCAAAUGAAUACACCUGAGGAUGCCCGCAUAAUGUCCUGGUGGGAUUAUGGUUAUCAAAUAACAGCCAUGGCAAAUCGUACCAUACUCGUUGAUAACAAUACCUGGAAUAAUACACACAUAUCGCGUGUUGGCCAAGCCAUGGCCUCUUCGGAGGAGAAAGCAUAUGAAAUAAUGCGUGAACUUGAUGUUGAUUAUGUCUUGGUGAUAUUCGGCGGCCUUACGGGCUAUUCUUCCGAUGAUAUUAACAAGUUCCUAUGGAUGGUGCGUAUUGGUGGCAGUACCGAUCGUGGUGCUCAUAUUAAAGAGAAGGAUUAUUAUGCUGCCAAUGGUGAAUUCCGUGUCGAUAAAGAAGGUUCGCCAACCCUGCUCAACUGUUUGAUGUACAAAAUGUGCUAUUAUCGUUUUGGACAAGUAUACACCGAGGGCGGUAAACCACCAGGUUAUGAUCGUGUUCGGGCUGCAGAGAUUGGUAAUAAAGAUUUUGAAUUGGAUGUGUUGGAAGAGGCAUAUACAACGGAACAUUGGUUGGUGCGAAUCUACAAAGUUAAGGAUUUAAGUAAUCGUGGUGUUUAA